UUCUUCUGUGGGACUCAGAAACAAAUAGGUGCCUGGAGAGUAAUUAGUUUGAUGUCAAGAAAUUUUAGAGCUUAAAAGUACUGUCCAAAAUAAUUUAAUUUGGCCUGGGUAAAUUCCUAGUUUUAAAUGGACUUCAAUGGGGAAAUUUUCGUUUUGGCACCAGCGGCUGAUUAAACUGCAAUACCUCGAGUAACCACUGGAGUGUAUGAGCUUCACGGAGAAUAGCAAUCCCUGGUCCCCAGGUCUGGGGCACUCCGACCGUCACGGCAUCCGUAGAGCAACAGGAAAAAUGGCGGCGCAAUCCAACGAUGCUGAAGUUGAAAAUCUGAUUAACUCUGCUUCAAAAGAGGAGCCUCCUGCUUCUGUGGCCAUGGAGCAGCUCCAGAGGAGCCGGAGCCGGAGUCGCGAUGGGAGUCGGAGUCAGAGCCGGGAUCAUAGCCGGAGUCAGAGUCUGGAUCGGAGCAGGAGCCGGAGCCGAAGCAGAGGCCGGAGCCGGAGUCCCUCGGCACAAGGAGACGGUGACAGAAUGAGCUGCAGUAAGAUUGUUGCAGAAAGCGGGGUGGGCGGCCAGGCUAGCCCGGCAGACGUGGGGAGGAGUGGGAGCUCCAGAGGGGGGUCCGGGCCCAGCGACUCGGACAGCGAUACCAGCGGAGAUACCGACAGCGAGGAGGGCGAGGGCCGCAGGAUGAAGAGCAGCGUGGCCCAGAUCAGGCGUGGGUCUGAUGACGGCAGCAGGAACCGACGUAGGAGCUCCUCUGCAGAGUAUAGACACAGAGAGCGGGGGCGGUCCAGGUCCAGGUCCAGGUCCAGGUCCCGGUCCCGGUCCCCUCACAGUCAGGACAGGGAGCGGUCUGAGGAGCGGGGGCGUCGUCACGGCAGAGGUUACUAUGGCGCCGGGAGAAACCGUGACAGGUCGAGGGGGCGGUACUCCAGCAGAGAGCGGUAUCGGGAGCGCCGCUCCAGCUGGGACAGGGAGGCAGAGCCUCGGCGGCGGGGCCGCUCGGCCUCCCCCGCGCAGAGGGACGACCCCCCCGUGGAAGAGCCCCCCGUCAAGAAGAAGAAGGAGGAGCUGGACCCCAUCCUGACCCGCACGGGUGGGGCCUACAUCCCCCCCGCCAGACUGCGCAUGAUGCAGGCACAAAUCACCGACAAGAGCAGUCUGGCUUUCCAAAGAAUGAGCUGGGAGGCACUGAAGAAGUCCAUCAAUGGUCUCAUUAAUAAAGUCAACGUGUCCAACAUUGCCAACAUCAUCCACGAGCUUCUGCAAGAGAACAUCGUGAGGGGCAGGGGGCUCCUCUCUCGGUCGGUUCUCCAAGCUCAGAGUGCAUCCCCCAUUUUCACUCACGUCUAUGCUGCUGUGGUGUCCAUCAUCAACUCCAAGUUCCCCCAGAUCGGAGAGCUCAUUCUGAGGAGACUCAUCCUGAACUUCCGCAAGGGCUACAGGAGGAACGACAAGCAACAAUGUCUGACAGCAUCCAAGUUUGUGGCUCACCUCAUUAAUCAGAAUGUGGCCCACGAGGUGCUCUGUCUGGAGAUGCUGACCCUGCUGCUGGAGCGGCCCACGGAUGACAGCGUGGAGGUGGCCAUCAGCUUCCUGAAAGAGUGCGGCCUGAAGCUGACCGAGGUCUCGCCUCGCGGCAUCAACGCCAUAUUCGAGCGUCUGCGUAACAUCCUGCACGAGUCAGAGAUCGACAAGCGCGUGCAGUACAUGAUAGAGGUGAUGUUCGCCAUCAGGAAGGAUGGCUUCAAGGACCACCCGAUUAUCCCUGAGGGCCUGGACCUGGUGGAGGAGGAGGACCAGUUCACACACCUGCUUCCUCUGGAGGACGACUACAACCAGGAGGAUGUUCUCAAUGUCUUCAAGAUGGACCCUGACUUUCUGGAGAAUGAAGAGAAGUACAAAGCGAUCAGAAAGGAGAUCCUGGACGAAGGCAGCUCUGACUCGGGCUCAGGAGACGAAGCUGACGGCAGUGAUGAAGAAGAGGGCGACGAGGAGGAAGAGGCGGGCGAAGACGAUCAAGAGAAGAUCACCAUUUUUGACAAGACUGAAGUGAACCUGGUCGCGUUUCGUCGCACGAUAUACCUGGCCAUCCAGUCCAGCUUGGAUUUUGAAGAAUGUGCUCACAAGUUAAUAAAGAUGGACUUCCCAACCACUGCUUCAAAAGAGCUGUGCAACAUGAUUCUGGACUGCUGUGCCCAGCAGAGGACCUACGAGAAGUUCUUCGGCCUGCUCGCUGGGAGGUUUUGUCUGCUGAAGAAAGAGUACAUGGAGAGUUUCGAAGCCAUAUUCCAAGAGCAGUACGAGACCAUUCACCGCCUCGAGACCAACAAACUGCGUAAUGUGGCCAGAAUGUUUGCGCAUCUCCUGUACACAGAUUCCGUCCCAUGGAGUGUCAUGGAGUGCAUCAAAGUCAGCGAAGACACGACUACGUCAUCCAGCCGGAUCUUUGUCAAGAUUCUGUUUCAGGAGCUGUGCGCCUACAUGGGCCUUCCCAAACUCAACGAGAGGCUGAAAGAUGUUACAUUGCAGUGCUUCUUCGAGGGCCUCUUUCCUCGAGACAACCCCAGAAAUACAAGAUUUGCCAUCAACUUCUUCACCUCCAUCGGCCUGGGAGGUCUUACAGAUGAGCUUCGCGAGCACCUCAAGAACGCCCCCAAAAUGAUCAUGACGCAGAACCAGGAGGUGUCGUCGGACUCAGACUCCUCCUCUUCCUCUUCAGACUCCUCCUCUUCCUCCUCGGACAGCGAGAGCAGCAGCGACAGCGAGAGCAGCUCUGACUCCUCUAGCCAGUCAGACUCCUCCAGCAGCAGCUCAGAUUCAGACUCCAGACAGAAGCGCAAAGAGCAGAGCUCCGGGAGGAAGGACAAGCGCCCGGGCAGGAUGGCCCGUACGGAGGAGCGCCACGCUGUGAGACAGGAGGAACCUCACGGACCCCUGGACCGUCGCAGAGAGCCCCGCCCCAGCGACCACGACCGCAGUUCCCAGGACCGUGACCACAACCCCAAGGACCGAGACCGCAGCCCCAAGGGCCGUGACCGCAACCGAGACCGCAACCCCAAGGACCGAGACCGCAACCCCAAAGACAGAGACCGCGACCGAGACUUCAGCCCCAAGGGCCGAGACCGCAGCCCCAAGGGCAGAGACCGCAGCCCCAAGGACCGAGACCGCAACCCUAAGGGCCGAGACCGUGACCGAGACUUCAGCCCCAAGGGCCGAGACCGCAGCCCCAAGGGCAGAGACCGCAGCCCCAAGGACCGAGACCGCAGCCCCAAGGGCCGAGACCGCAGCCCCAAGGGCCGAGACCGCAGCCCCAAGGGCCGAGACCGCAGCCCCAAGGGCCGAGACCGCAGCCCCAAGGGCCGUGACCGCAGCCCCAAGGACAAAGACCGCAACCCCAAGGACAGAGACCGCAGUCCCAAGGACAGAGACCGCGACCGAGACUUCGGCCCCAAAGACCAAGACCGCAACCCCAAGGGCCGCAACCGUGACCGCAGCCCCAAGGACCGAGACCGUGACUUCAGCCCCAAGGACAGAGACCGCAACCCCAAGGGCCGAGACCGUGACCGCAGCCCCAAGGACCGUGAUCAGAACCGGAGUCCCAUAGACUGGGACCGCAGGCCCAACCGGGAACAGAGUGACCGCCAGUCAGAUCCCGCCAAGCGGCAGGACAGGGCGAAAAACGGCUCCCACCCCGAGCCGGAGCGAGAGAGACGGCAGAGCCCCGAAGACCGCCGCACGGACAGGUCACCAUCUGGAGAUAGGAGGCGCAAGGAGACAGACCCCAGGGAGGGGCACAGGAACGGGCUGGAGCGGCGGGCAGAGAGAGCUGAUAAGGAGAACAGGCAUAGAGACUCCCGAAAGGCAGAGAGGAACAGCGACACCUCCCCCAGGAGGAGGAGAUAGCUCCGCUCUGAAAGGGAGGCCCGAGUGACCCGCAUGUGGCAUUUUUAAAAAUCAUCUUCAUUUUUUUCUGGUUCUUUGCUUUUGAACUAAAUCAGGACCAUUUUCUCUCACUGAAAUGAUUUGGUAAAGCCUUACCAAAAUGUUUUCUCAGAAGUGGAACCUUCUAGCCAUAAGGGUGUUUCUUCUACCAUUUUAACUCCUUUCUUUUCCUUCUAUAUAAUGUUUUUGUUGUUUAUUUUGGAGAUAUGUAAAGUUUAUGAGUUGGGAAGACUUAUCAUGUAUUUGUAACACAAUGCGAAUUUGUAUGAUUCAUGCAAAUACAUUUAGUGAUAUUUUUGUGUUAGUUAAAACAAGCAAAAGGUUUAACUGUUGGUUGACAUGCUGAAUUUAUUAAAGCUGAGAUUUUGUAA